AUGACAACAAAAUUCCCAGAUUUAAGAGUCAAAACCGUUCAGAACAUCUUGGAUCAAAGAAGACAACUCUUUAUAAAAGACAGAUUAGAUCCACAAGUAAUAAGGAACAUCAGAGCGGAAGUAGAGCUAGAACUAGGAAUCACUCCAACUCAGAAGGUAGAGCCGGACGGUAGGAAUAGAUACCCACCACAAGAUGUAGAACAAUCAGCGGAAGACCAGGAAGCACUAGAUGCCUUAAGCGAAGCUCUAGAAAAAUACUCUGGAAUGGAUCCUGCAUCAAGGCCAAAUAUUCCAAAAAUUAGAAAUGACACUAAAGCAAAGAGAAAAAAAACUAACAACCCCAGAACGAAACCAUCUCAUCUACCUACUUCAGAAAUGGUCAAUAACGCUAUUAAAGAUUUAAAGGAAUGUGGAGGGUCUUCACUUCAAGCUAUCAAAAAAUACAUUGCAGCCAAUUACAAAGUAGAUGCAGAAAAGGUUGCUCCUUUCAUUAAAAAGUAUCUAAAUGAUUUAGUUACUUUAGAUUCAUUGGUGCAAACGAAAGGUAAAGGUGCGUCCGGUUCUUUCAAGUUAGCUUCUGCAACAUCUUCAGGUUCAGCUAAGCCUAGUUCUAACGAAAAAAAGAAUAGCGCCAGUGGAAAAACUAAAAAAACUACGACAGUAAAACGUAGUAUAACAACAACCGGAGAAAAACCAAAAGCAGCCAAGAAAUCAGCGAAAUCAAAGAAAGCUCCGACAGCAGAAAAGAAAGCCACCAAAGCAAAAAAAGAUGAUAAGAGAACUGUUGCUUCAAAAAUUGCCACAUCAAUUGCUUGA